AUGGCAGCGUGGCGACUGCUGGAGCUCCUCCUCCUUGGGGCCACGGGCAUCUGGGCGACAGGCUGUGGCUUCCGGCCGGGAUACGACAGCCCCAGCCUCUCCCCCGCACCCCGCAUCAUCGGGGGGCAGAAAAGCCGCCCUGGGGAAUGGCCCUGGGUUGUGAGUCUCCAGACCCAAGGGCACCACUUCUGUGGGGGGAGCGUCAUACACUCCUGGUGGGUGCUGAGCGCAGCCCACUGCUUCCACGACACCCGGCCCCAGGACGUGACGGUGGCGGCCGGCAGCGUGACCCUGGGCAUGGGCGGCGUCACCCGGCGGGUUCGACGGAUCCUGUCCCACCCCAGCUACAGCCGCAGCACCUACGACUCGGACCUGGCCCUGCUGCUGCUGAGCCGCCCCCUGCCCCCGGGCCGGGGUCUCGGCCUCGUCUGCCUCCCCGGGGAGCCGGACGACGAGGACGACGGGCAGUGGGGCAGCUGCUAUGUGGCCGGGUGGGGCACCACGGAGUACGGGCAGGAGACGGUGUCGGGGGCGCUGCGGGAGGCUGGCGUGCGGAUCGUCGAUUGGCUGCGCUGCAUGUGGUGGAUGGGGGCCCUGACCCAAAACAUGGUCUGCGCCGGGCACGAGGAGGGCGGCCGGGACGCCUGCCAGGGUGACAGCGGGGGGCCCCUGCAGUGCCAGGCCCCCCAGGGCUCCCCCUGGUACCAGGUGGGCGUCGUGAGCUGGGGCCGGGGCUGCGGGAGGCGCCAGCGUCCGGGCGUCUACACCCGCGUGGCCAACUACCGGGCCUGGAUGGAUGAGGCCACCGCAGCAGUGGGGAGACCCCUGAGGCCCCAGAAGGCCACCCCCACCAGGCUGGGCUCCGCCCCCCAAAAGACAGAGCCGGAGGUCGCCGGAGGCCCCCGCCCCUGCCCGUGGCGGCCCCUGGGCCUUUCCUUGGGGCUGGCUCUGGGGAGGUGGCUGGGCUGAGCGAGACACAAGGCAUGCUGGGAAGAGGACAGAGCCGCCGCCGCCAAGGAUUGUGGGAGGGGAUGGCUACGUUGGCCACUGAGAUUGGCCAACACUUUGGGAGGGAGGGGCAGGAGGGCGAAGGGGCAUUAAAUAUUAUGUAGAGAAGCGGAGAGCGAACUGUUCACUGGGAAUAGGGGACCCAGGCAACCAGGAGAGCAGAGCAGGACAUUCGCCCCUGGGGAGGGGAGAUGGGACCCAGGCGUCCGGGAGAGCAGAGCAGGACGCUCGCCUCUGGGGAGGGGAGAUGGGACCCAGGCAUCCGGGACGGCAGCGGAGGGUGCUCGCCUCUGGGGAGGGGAGAUGGGACCCAGGCAUCCGGGACGGCAGCGGAGGGUGCUCGCCUCUGGGGAGGGGAGAUGGGACCCAGGCAUCCGGGACGGCAGCGGAGGGCGCUCACC